CCUCCUUGACGUUUUUACGACAACGUAAACGGGUCUAUGACAAAAGCUACCCGUGAGGAAGUGGUCCCCAAACAUGUCUCGUAUCUCCUGGGUUAACAUGCGGAAUAUGACCGGGGAUGGGAAUCUCCCAGCCGCCUGAACCAGCGGUUUACUGUACUGCAGCGAGUCAACUAGCUAGAGCGUUAAGACAAACAGAGGCGACAGGCGGGUUCUUUAUUUAUUCAAGAGAAGAUGGCGGAGUUUUCGCCCGUCCUGCCGAUUCGGGAUGGAGGAGGACGGUUUGGCCAACCCAUUUUCCCUCGGUCCAGGUCCGGGUCCGAGUCAGAAAGCGAACUGUCCCAGAGCCUGGCCCGGACCAAGAUCCGCUCGUACGGGAGCACAGCUAGCGUCACGGCUUCUCUGGGGGAGAAAUACAUAGAGCAUCGGGUUACAGACAGUGAUACCCUACAAGGGAUUGCUCUCAAAUAUGGUGUUACGAUGGAGCAAAUCAAGAGAGCCAACAAGCUGUUCAGCAAUGACUGCAUCUUUCUGAAGAAUAGCCUCAACAUCCCCGUGUUGUCGGAGAAGCGCUACAUAUUUAACGGACUGUCUCUGGAGUCUCCUGAUGGGGACAGUGAAGCAGCUUGCCAGGAGGCAGAUACACCUUGUGUUAUGUUGCAGGAUAUCGAGGGACCCUCGCCAGCCCCAUCCCCGCCCCCGCCCCCGGAGAACUCCAAACGCCCCCAGCCAGAGGAGCUGUCAGCCAAAGACUUCUUACACAGACUGGACUUGCAAAUUAAACAAUCAAAACAGGCAGCACGCAGGCUGAAAGAAGAGGAAGUAAGGAACAAUGAGGACUACACAACCCCAACAACGUCAUAUCAGGAGAUAUAAAGGACCAGUUCGUUUACUGCACGCGCACACACACACACACACACACACACACACACACACACACACACACACACACACACACACACACACACACACACACACACACACACACACAAUGCUUUUAUUUCCUCUUUACCUUUUACCAAACCAUGUUGAACCAAACUGUCAUGUUUGCCUUUUUAUUUAUUGAUAUGCAAUUAUUAAGAUGUAUGAUUGUUUUUGUUUUGUUCUACUUGGAGGCGCGUCUGAUACUGUUACAUAGCAUCUGAGCACACGGCUCAACUCAUCAUAUGCUUCUAAAGCUGCUGUGAAGAACCCACCUGCUGCACAUUUACACGCACACACACACACACACACACACACACACACACACAAACACAAACAGCGCUAAGCAGUUCCAGAAGGAUAAGCUUGUUAGACUUGCCACCUAGAAUAGUAUCAUUGGGAAGUAUAUUCAGGCGUUCCUCAUCAGUGUUUACCUUGUUUCAGCACACCCCAAACAGAAGUGGUGGAUGGACUCAAGCCUUUGAACAAGUUCCAUUUGCCUAUUAGAAGCUUUUUCUUCUGGAAAAAGAAGGGACUGUUCUAUUUUUGAAGUGUGAAUGUUUUAUUUAUGUGUGUGAAGUGUCUGUAACAGCUGUGUUAUGUGCUUUUAAAUUCUAUUGGUUUUAUUUGAGGAGAAUAAAUAUGUCCUUUAACCAGA